UACAUUCAAAACAAGAUGGCGGCGCUCAUGGUACAGCCGUGCUCUUUGAAAACCGGUCAUUCACAGCUAAAUUAAACGCUGCAAACCUUAUUUGCAGUAUGGAAUUUUUACGGUGACACAGCCAGCGAUGUGGAUAUAAAACAAACAAGCGAAUCAUGCAAGUGUGGAUAAGACGCCUGGUGGUGCAUCGUCAGGGUGUCGCCCGGUGUUCUCGCCCAAACAGGACCGCUCUCCCGAAGUCGGUCCCCGUCCAGCUGUCCCGCACCUUGUUCAGCGAGAGCGGCGUGUGGGAGAAAGACUACCGUACGGAGACCCGACGCAGAGUGGAGGAAUGGUGGCACCCGCGGAUCAUGGCGCAGUGGCGCAAGGGCACACUUGAGGACAGUCAGACCGGGAAAAAGUUCUAUGUUCUCUCCAUGUUCCCGUACCCAUCCGGACGAUUGCACAUGGGCCACGUGCGGGUUUACACCAUCAGUGAUGUCAUCGGCCACUUUCAGAGAAUGAGAGGCUAUCAGGUGUUAAAUCCAAUGGGCUGGGAUGCUUUCGGGCUUCCGGCAGAGAAUGCAGCCAUCGAGAGAGGCCUAAAUCCAGAAGAUUGGACUAAAAGGAACAUCCAGUCCAUGCGGGAGCAGCUGGACAGCCUCGGUCUUUGCUUUAACUGGGAUCGGGAGGUGACCACUUGCCUUCCUGACUACUACAAGUGGACACAGUAUCUCUUUAUUAAGCUCUUCAAAGCGGGACUGGCAUAUCAGAAAGAGGCUGUGGUGAACUGGGACCCCGUCGAUCAGACCGUGCUGGCUGACGAACAGGUGGAUGAAAACGGCCGCUCCUGGAGGUCCGGCGCGGCGGUGGAGCAGAAAAUGCUCACGCAGUGGUUCAUCAAGACCACCAACUACGGGAAGCCUCUCCUGGAUGCCUUGUCUGACCUUCCAGAAUGGUACGGGGUCAAAGCCAUGCAGGCAAACUGGAUUGGAGAAUGCACGGGUUGCUAUUUUGAUUUCAAACUCAAGGUGAGUGGCGAGGAGACGGGCGAGAUUUUGUCGGCUUACAGCGCCUCUCCAGAGGCGGUGUUUGGUGCAGCCUACCUGGCCAUCCUGUCCUCUCACAGACUCCUGCACGGGAGCAGCUCAGUCCGCUUUGAGCUGGAGAAGACCUUCCAGCCAGGAAUAGACUCCCUGACUGAGGUCACCGCUGUCAACCUGCUCACCGGCCUUGAGGUUCCCCUGGUUAUAUCUCACAAAGAGGCAUUUGAUGGCUAUCUAGACACUGUUGUUGGUACUCCAGACUGCAGUGACGAGCAUCUAUCUGUAGCCGAGUCCUUAAAUUUAAGGUGGACCAGUGUCCUGAAAAGCCAUGAAGACGGGACUCAAACUCUGAUUAACUCUGAUCAGUUCUCAGGACUCACCAGGCAGCAGGCAUUUGACUACAUUACCCAGAAGGCCAGAGAGCUGAAGGUGGGCGGACACCUGACAAGUCCGAAACUCAGGGAUUGGCUGAUAUCGAGGCAGCGUUACUGGGGUACUCCCAUUCCUGUGGUGCAUUGUGGGUCCUGUGGUCCAGUUGCUGUGCCCGAGGAGGACUUACCAGUGACGCUACCGGAGAUCCAGUCUUUCACAGGAAAGGGGGCGUCACCUUUGGCGGCGGCCCACGACUGGGUCAAUUGCACGUGUCCGAGAUGCAACGGCCCAGCAAAAAGGGAGACUGACACCAUGGACACGUUUGUGGACUCAGCCUGGUAUUACUUUAGAUACGUCGACCCACAUAACACAAUAAGGCCUUUUGAGCGUCACCUAGCAGAUGAGUGGCUACCCGUGGACGUCUACAUUGGAGGCAAAGAGCACGCCGUCAUGCAUUUGUACUACGCUCGCUUCCUCUGUCACUUCUGCAAGGACCAGGGACUUGUGGCUCACAGGGAGCCCUUUCGGAAGUUACUCGUGCAGGGUCUGAUCAAAGGUCAGACUUUCCGACAAGCAGACAGUGGCCAGUACUUAAAAAGAGAGGAGAUUGACUUCACAGGAAAAGAGCCAGUGGCGUUGGGAGGAGGUCAGGUGGAGGUGAUAUGGGAGAAGAUGAGCAAGUCUAAACACAACGGUCUGGACCCCCAAGAAGUGGUACAGCAGUACGGCGUGGACACUGUUCGACUCUACAUCCUCUACGCCGCACCGCCUGAACAGGACAUCCUCUGGAAUCUUAAAAAGGACGCUCUUCCUGGAGUCUUGCGCUGGCAGUCCAGGCUGUGGCAGCUCGUGACAAAACUACGAGAAGCUCGUCAGCUCUGUGACGUUCCAUGUCCCUCCUUGCUGACGAAGAAGGAGCUGGAGGAGUCCAAAAAGAUCUGGCGGAACAAAAACUAUGCUAUUCAAGAGGUUACAUCUCACUUCACGGAAGACUUCCUGUUCAAUGCAGCCAUUUCUCGUCUCAUGGGCCUUACCAAUACAUUGAGCUGUGCAUCAGUCAGCGUGAUGCAGCACAGUGCGGAGUUUGAGGAUGCUCUGGCCACGCUGGUUCUGAUGACGGCUCCCAUGGCACCCCACUUGGCCUCUGAACUUUGGGCAGGUCUUUGCAAGGUGAACAACCCCAUCAGCAGCACUCUCCAGCGGGGCGGAGACGUCCUGUCACAGUCCUGGCCCGCUGCGGAUCCCGAGUACCUGGAGUCCCCUGACUUUGUAGAGAUUUCCGUACUGAUUAACAACAAAGCCUGCGGGAGGGUGACGGUGCCUUUGCAGGUGUCUAAAGACUCGGAGAAGGUGGAGAAGCUGGUCAUGGAGAGCCCACUCGGACAGAAGGUCCUCAGAGAGGCGAGCGUCAAGAGAGUCAUCCUCUCGCCACGGACUACCCUCAUUAAUUUCCUUCUUGGGGAGUGACCUUUGACCUUUCAGCACUAUUUGGGUGACUGUUUGCUAGUGUGGCUAUUGUAUAUCUACAGCUGUAGUAUCAAUAUGCCAACAUCCGAUAUCCAUACUUUUUACAAAUUUGACUAUUUAAGUUAAUGCGAGUCUUGCUUAAGGCUCAAAUCAUGGGUCCGAAGAUAUACUAAGCGAUUAUGUCUAUGACAAAGAGACUGUAUGAAUGACAGAAGGGCUCACUCCGUUCAUGCCGUUUUUCUAUGCAAAAGAUGCACCAAAACAAUGCACAGAGUGAACUCUCUCCCUGCCUGUUUGGAGGCAAGGAAACCAGACAUGCAUGUAAAUGGCAAUUCAUUGAAGCCGGCAACAUUUGUAAAAAAAAAAAAUUAUGUGGGGACAGCACGGUGGAUGAGUGGUUAGCACGCAGACCUCACAGCUAGGAGACCUGGGUUCAGCUACAACAAAAAAAGUCAAACAAAAAGUAUCAAACAAUCAUGCUUCUUGACCAUAUCAAGGUUUUUUUUAUGGGUACCAGUGAUGACUAUAACAGGAAAAGUGUGAUGAUAACCAUAGAACCAGAAAUGGAAAUUACUGUAACAGAGCACAAACAAUUUUAAAAGAACAGAUUUAACUUUUUUGUCAUAAUUACAAUAAAAUGUUAAUAAAAUAGUGCUGCACGGCGCUCGAGUGGUUAGCGCGAAGACCCGAGUUCAGUUCCACUCUCGGCCAUUUAUGUGUGGAGUUUGCAUGUUCUCCCCGUGCAUGCGUGGGUUUUCUCCGGGUACUCCGGUUUCCUCCCACAUUCCAAAAACAUGCUAGGUUAAUUAGCGACUCCAAAUUGUCCAUAGGUAUGAAUGUGAGUGUGAAUGGUUGUUUGACUAUAUGUCUCUGUGAUUGGCUGCAUGGCCACCAGUCCAGGGUGUACCCCGCCUCUCGUCUGAAAAGAGCUGGGAUAGGCUCCAGCACCCCUGCGACCUUAGGUGAGGAUAAGCGGUAGAAAAUGAAUGAAUGAAUGUUGGCAGCUCGAAUGGUUAGCACACAGGCCACACAGCUCGGAGACCGGAGUUCGAUUCCCCCCCUUGGGCAUCUCUGUGUGGAGUUUGCAUGUUCUCCCUGUGCAUGUGUGGGUUUUCUCCGGGUACUCCGGUUUCCUCCCACAUUCCAAAAAACAUGCUAGGUUAAUUAGCGACUCCAAAUUGUCCAUAGGUAUGAAUGUGAGUGUGAAUGGUUGUUUGUCUAUAUGUGCCCUGUGAUUGGCUGCAUGGCCACCAGUCCAGGGUAUACCCCUGCCUUUCGCCCGAAGACAGCUGGGAUAGGCUCCAGCACCCCUUCGACCCUCGGUAGAAAAUGAAUGAAUGAAUGAAAAAUUGUGUGAUUAAUUAAUCAAUUUAUUAUCAUCCCAGGUCUACUGCCCAUGAGACAGUUCAUCACGUUUAAAUCUCGCGAGAUCUUGUGACACCCUUAGUAAUAACGUAAUAAUCAUGUUUUACUUAACAAGCAAACAAGUCAACAUCAUGUAUCAUUAGUAAGGUAAAUGUAUCAUUAGUAAGUAUUAUGCUAAUUUUAAUGUAUAGUGAUAACUAAAAGGCCCCUGAAGUUACAUUUUCCGUUAAAGUGAGUUUCUAUUUGAUGAAUGGGUGGGUAUGUUUUAGCUUGAAGUGAUAGAAGAAGGUUGCAAAAGACCGUAGGACAUUGUGUUCCAUAUGGAAAUAUGUUCCUACUAAAUAAAGGCAGUGCAGUUGUUGAUGAGAAUGCUCUACAUCAGUUUUUUUUUUUUUUUUUCCAAAGUAUGAGGUGGGUCUCCCCCUGGGAUUUUAGAGGCGAUACAACAGCUUGAGUAAAGUAAAGAACGACAUUUUGCCUAACUUAAGUUAUGUUUAAAGGCAAGACGAAUUGAUUUGGAGUUUCUACAGCGAGAAAGUAAACAGUCUGGAGGGAGGAGAAAACUCUUGCAAAAUAUGCUCCAGAGUACUUCAACGGUCUUGUAUUCUCUGGAGGAGAGGCUCGCUAUGACACACUUGGAACAUUCCUACGAUAUAGACGUUACCGGGAUGGAAAUUAUGUCUUUUGACAUGUGGCUGUUGAAAAAUAUAACACAAUAACAAAUUUGCGCUGCCCCUUUAAGUGCCCUUAAAACUUCUGCUUGCUGGUUUGUAUAAAUUGCACCAUCCAGAAUAUGGGGGGGCUGUGAUUGACCCCCUUUUUGAGGUAAUAUUAGACUUUUAACAUUGUACACUAUGGGUUGGACUCUGUGUAAAAAGCUAAAGUGUGUGUAUAUGUGUGUGAGUGACAGGACAAAAAGCUCAGACUUGCUUGAGAGGAAGUCAUCAACUCUCAUGAUGCUGACUACACAAUACCCUCCAGAAGUACCGGAACCUUGACGACAAAUCAGAACUUGGAGGAUAGGACCUUUUGUUUGAACCCACCAUAUUUUUCAGGGGUUUGUGUAAA